GUUUAGGUGACCUUUGGGAUUGCCAUGAUUCCAAAUAUUCUGGCUUCAAUUUAUUUACCAAAAAGUUCACCAAAGAUCACUUGAUUUUUCAUCCAAUCAAGAAACUUGAUUAUCGCUUAAUCCAUGUAAAAAGCAUUCAAGAUAGACUUUCAGCUAUCAAAGCUAAUGGCGCAAUGUCUAUUGAAUUAUUAUCUGGUAUUAUCGAAGUAGAAGGGUCUGAUGGAUAUACUGUUUCUUCUGACAAAAAUUCUAACGAAGAACAACUUAUAUGCCAGUAUCAUCUAGAUAAUUAUUUCAUCGAAUUGCUUCCCUGUACCAAAGACGUGAUAGAUGAAGGUGUCAAAGAUCAGCUUCUCACUAAUAAGAUCAAAGCAACGCAUAUUGUACGUCGUAUAAUUAUAGGCGCUGAAGUAAAUGCAGAUAUAAGAAUCAGACAAAUCGAUAGAACUAGAGACGAGACAAUUAAAGAUGGCUAUCUUGGAAAACUGUCAUGUGGUUUGGUGAGUGCUUCUUUGAAGGCCAGCCUUGAAACCUUGGAUUCGGAAAAUGUCAAAAAGCUAAUCACUAUUCAUUCAAGACCACAAAUACAUCAACAACCAUCAACUAUAAGCCAAAUGUUUAAUUCGAUAGAGAAAGUGGACAUGCAAAUAUCAAAAGAAAGGCAUUUCGAAUUCCUUGAUCCAAAUAUCACAGGUGUUCCCCUUCGGUUUGUGCUUGUACCUAUCACCCAAUUUCUGGACAUAAAAGUUGAAAAACUUUACAAACAGCUAGAUAAUAACAUUUUAAAUAAUUUCUGUACGAUGCUUGUGACUCUUAAAGAUUUCCAAUCCCCUGAAUAUGUCAAAAGUUGCGUUCUAGAAAAUGAAAAUCGUCUACAAACUAUCUUGUCAGAUCCUCAAUCAGAAUUAUCAAAAAAAAUAGCAGAAUAUGAAAAGGAAUUAAAAAUAGAAGCCAGUAAAUAUUUUCAACAAGCAUAUGAGGAGCUUAAAAAUUACAAGAUAGCAAAGUGCAAUUCUGAUCAGCUUCUUCAAGUCAUGAAUGACUUUGAUAG